AUGUUUGAUGAGGGUAAGGAGCGGAGGGAUAUCUGAUAUCUUUGUGUGCCCAAUUUUUUUGAAUUUUAUGUGAGCUUCUAAAUACUUUUUAAAGAAAAAAUUUUAUAUUUGUAACCCAAAAAGUUUGUUUAAAAGAGACUUCGCCAGUUGUGGAAGGAGGGUCUGCCCUAGAAUUUGACCCCCACUUUUUUCUGUCUCAUCUGAUGACAUAUGGGCUGUUAAACAAUUUGGUGAAUUUUUUUCGAAAAAUUCGUCAUCAUGGCCGAGGUAUGACACAUUUAUUGAAUUUUGUUUAAUGUGAUAUAUUGUGCUAAUUUAUCGCCGAAACAUCGCAGAACUGAGUACACAUACGUUAUAGGCCAUGCUGAACAACUUUGUAAUUGACCCCAAGUUUGUCAGGUUACUUUAACAUACCGUAACGCCCAUGCUUGAUCAAUAAAUCUCGAUUUUCUCGAUUUUUUUCAAUAAUUUUCUCGGAAUUUUUUUGCAUUUUUGGAAUCAGCAUCAAAUUCUGCAUCGGAUAGACUAUAUGCGCAUCUCCAGAUAGGUGUACAAAAAUGUCGUGGCGCAACCGGUAGUGGGUCGGACUACCAUUCAAAAGGUCCCGGGUUAGAGUCCGGGUGGAAGCAAAAAUGCUCAAACGCGCUGGAAAUUGUACCAAAACAGUUUCAAUCUAUUAGAACGGUGGUAAAAAUAAAUAAUAAUUAACAUUGUUCCCUAAAAAGGCUAAAUUUUGGAUCUUACGAAAUUUUUGAAAAUCAUGAUUUUUGUGGGCCCAAAUCUGCCGAAGAAAUGAAAAUUUUUUGUAAGCGAUUUUUUUGUUUAGAAACAACGCAUGGCACAUAGAAAGACUAUUCCUCAAAGGAUUUCGUUCAGUUUUGCCCAAAACACCAAAAAAAAUUCGUAUUUUGGCAUUUGAUAAAAAAUUGAAAUAAUGACUUUCAGGAGCCCUUACGCGGAAUCGUUUCCAAUUUUAUAGAGCAGUAUUUUGCGCUGCUUUCAAAUAUCUUUCUAAUAGCCGCGAAAAUUUUCCACAAAAAAUUUUACAUUUGAAAAUUUGUAGAUAUUCACAUAUUUCAUGAUGUUACAGUAUUCAAUCUUGUAAAAUUUGCUAAGAAUUCGACUCCCCAUAGUGGAAAACAUGUGUAUCCACGGUUGAAUGACGUCACUUCGGCUUACUGGGUUCUGGCGGUGCUCUCCGAUUAAAACGAAAAAGUUCAACUUUUUGGUGUUUUGGGCUAAACUGAACGAAAUCCUUUGAGGAAUAGUCUUUCUAUGUGCCAUGCGUUGUUUCUAAACAAAAAAAUCGCUUACAAAAAAUUUUCAUUUCUUCGGCAGAUUUGGGCCCACAAAAAUCAUGAUUUUCAAAAAUUUCGUAAGAUCCAAAAUUUAGCCUUUUUAGGGAACAAUGUUAAUUAUUAUUUAUUUUUACCACCGUUCCAAUAGAUUGAAACUGUUUUGGUACAAUUUCCAGCGCGUUUGAGCAUUUUUGCUUCCACCCGGACUCGAACCCGGGACCUUUUGAAUGGUAAUCCGACCCACUACCGGUUGCGCCACGACAUUUUUGUACACCUAUCUGGAGAUGCGCAUAUAGUCUAUCCGAUGCAGAAUUUGAUGCUGAUUCCAAAAAUGCAAAAAAAUUCCGAGAAAAUUAUUGAAAAAAAUCGAGAAAAUCGAGAUUUAUUGAUCAAGCAUGGGCGUUACGGUAUGUUACAGUAACCUGACAAACUUGGGGUCAAUUACAAAGUUGUUCAGCGUGGCCUAUAACGUAUGUGUUCUCAGUUCUGCGAUGUUUCGGCGAUAAAUUAGCACAAUAUAUCACAUUAAACGAAAUUCAAUAAAUGUGUCAUAUCUCGGUCAUGAUGACGAAUUUUUCGAAAAAAAUUCACCAAGUUGUUUAACAGCCUAUAUGUCAUCAGUUGAGACAGAAAAAAGUGGGGGUCAAAUUCUAGGGCAGACCCCCAUUUGAGCCUGCUUCAGCAACUCGCGAAGUGUCUUUUAAACCCAUUUUAAAGUUUAGUUUGACCGAGUUUUCCGAAAGUCGCUCCAAUCUUGCAUUGUUUUGUAUGGCUGAAAGCUGAACUCGGUUUAAACUCCAUUCGGAUUACUUUUUGAACGCUUCAAGCACAUGUACAAAAAAGAAAAAUGACUCAGCUGAGGUCCAAAAACAUUUAUUAAAAUCAAAAAUGCACGACCCUCAUACAAUGGGCCGCUAUGCUGUAAAAACCGUCUGGAAAUUCCAUUUUUAUAUACAAUCGAUGGCCAAACUUGUAAUCCAAACACGCUUUCGCUCCUUAUUUAAUUUUGAAACGGAUUACUGUAAAAUCGGAUUUGGCCAUAAAAAAUUUUUGUAGUCCUUGUAAAGUUCAAGAUGAAUUUUUCGAAACGUUUUCAAUUUAGUUGGGUUUUUUCGGACUGGUCAAAGACAAAAACGGCCAGUGUCGAUCGAUUUUCUUACUAACCAAAACAUAACUUAACUCUCUGCACUAACUUUAAGGGUCAAGUGCUCGGGUACACAGUCAUUUCUCUUAAAUCCGACGCAAUAACUUAAUUUCAGAACGAUACUCGUUGUACUCUCAACCAAUGGGCGUAGAUCUGACACCAGAGCCUCAUAAAUUUGUAAUCGUACUUCUUUUUCUGACAUUGGCGGGUUUCUCAAACUGGUGGUCUUUAGCUUAUAUCCAUGAUUUUGUCGGGCGGUAAGUGGUUCUGCUUCCCUUGCAUGUAUUGUAUUUUAGAGAGCCUUUGCCCGACUUGGUGAUGACCUUUAUCCCAGAGCAAGCUUGGGCCCAUAGAAUCGGGGAUAUGAUGGUAUUUCUGUGUUCCACCAUCAUGAUCUUGGUCAUGAUUUUGCAUAAACACAGAGUGAUCGUCGCGCGAAGGAUCUUCUUUAUCCUUGGCUGCAUGUAUUGGAUGAGGACCAUUUCCAUGAUGGCCACACAAUUGCCCUCGGCCUAUUCUAAUAACGAAGAGAAGUGCCGGGUUCAGUUGAAUGAGAGCGAGCGGACCUGGAGUAUUUAUUGGGGCCGCUUUCUGGAGCAAACAAUUCACGUCGGCUUCCAGGUGAGUCACGCUUUUACGAAUUUGCUGUCUUAAUUACGUAAUAUUACGCGUUGUUUCAGGAUGUUGAAAACAAAAUGUUGUGCGGCGAUCUCUUGUUCUCCGGGCAUACUUUGGUUAUGGUUAUCAGUUAUUUAACCGUGGAUUAUUAUCUUCCUCGUAAAUGGAACGUAAUCAGUUAUCUUCCCCGGUUCUUCAUGCUGGCUGGGAUGAUUUGUAUGGUCCUCAGUCGAACCCAUUACACAAUCGACGUCUUGUUUGCCUAUUGGCUAUCAGUCGGAGUUUUCUCGUAAGUUUGUUGACUUAGUCUAAAUUUAUGGUUGACAACGAACUGGUUACUUUACCCGUUUUUCACGUUUGAAAAAAGUAUGACUAAUUUUUCUCGGUUUUCAGUACUUACCAUGUGUUUUGCGAAGUGGAUACUUAUCGAGAACGCAAGAACUCGAUCCUCCAGAAGAUUUUUGUGGUCAAGGCGGUCAGUUGGCUUGAGGAGAACAUUGUACCCGGCCGGUGAGAAAAUUUACUUUCUUGUUAGCUUACAAUUAGAGAAAAAUGUAAAAAACCUCAAAGCUUUAAGUUUUCCUGACAAAUCGUGAGGAAUUAAAAAAUUACAUUUAAAGGUUGAACAACGAACUGGAAGUUCCCUUCUGGCAAUGCAUAAAAAGUAAAUGCCAAGCUAAAGGAUCCCAUCAAUCUCAUCCAACUACUGUGGUGACUGUUUGUGAUGUAUAG